AUGGCACCUAGCAGGACAAGCGGAGCCGGUAAUGCACUGGGUCUUACAAGUACCAAGUCGCGCGCUGCGUCUGUGCGUGCGAGUGGAAAGAGAGCAGCGAAACUUAGCGCUGCUGCACAAGCUGUGGAAGCGGUGCAUGCAGCUGAACAUGCAGCCGAAUCUGCGCAGCCGAAAUAUACGAGAGAACAACUAAAAAAGGCUGAGGGCCUUCCAUCUAUUCACAUAGAUGACCCACGCUUUGAUGGCAUUUGGCAAAGGACACGCAAGACGAUGGGGAUGCAGCCCAUUCAUUCUGAAGAUCUAAGCCGCAUUGAGCACAUUUUGCGCGUAUUUGACUUGGAUCCAGCAUUUGGUCCUUGUAUGGGGCUCACACGUCUGGAACGCUGGGAACGUGCAAAAGAUAUCGGCAACGACCCGCCCAAUGAAGUGCGUGAGAUCCUUCUGUCGCGCGAGGGAGUGCUGGACUGGUCUAGCAGUAUUCUUGACCAAGAUGCUGGGUUGACUUGA